UGAACUUUCAGCUUUGAUCUGCUUGCUGAAACAGUGAAAGCGAAAAGAAGAAGUCAAAGGAAGUUAGUUCAGUUCACGUACGAAGGUGUUUCAGUUACUGAUCUGGUAGAUUACUAGUAUAGAGUGUAAAUUAUUGUGUAUAGGAGUGAGUGACGAGACACGAAAGGCACCAUGGACGAGCAAAAAGCAAGAGCAGAUAUCGAAACGAUGAACCAGAAAGCAGACUAUCUCACCGAUCAGUCUGUGGAUGCGACUCGGAGAAUGAGAGCUAUGGUGGAGGAGUCAGGAAUGGUUGGUACCCAGACCUUGGUGACGCUUCAUGAUCAGGGAGAACAACUAGACAAAAUAGAAGGCAAUUUGGAGAAUAUGGAUGCCGACUUGAAAGCUGCGGAAAAGGACCUGAAUCAAAUGGAGAAAUGCUGUGGUCUAUGCUUGUGUCGAUGCUGUUGUAAUCGUGGCAACGAUUUCGGAAGAACUCAGGGUGACCUGCACAAGAUGGCGUACGGCAAAGACAACAACAACAAGAGCAGUGUGGUGACGGCGCAGCCAACUGGCAGUGCACGGGGCGCAGGGGGCGCUGGUGGUCCGAUGGUUCAACGAGUUUUGAAUGAUGCAAGAGAGGACGAAAUGGACAAGAACCUUGGCGAUGUGAGUAGCAUGUUGGGAAACCUGAAAAACAUGGCACUAGACAUGGGUAAUGAGCUGGAACGUCAGAACGACCAGCUAGAUCGUAUCAAUACCAAGGCAGAUUCUAAUGAUGUUCGCCUUUCAAUGGCCAAUGAACAGGCUACAAGAAUACGGGGAAAAUAGAGCUAGUGCGCUGCCUGUACCUGUUUGUUUGCGGUACCCGUUGCUAUCUUGCUGACAAUCCACUCAACCUACAACAGUCAUAUUCAUAAAAUUUCCAUGAAAUUCACAAGAUUUAUAAUAGGAAUUGUGAGUGACACAAGCAUUUCCCUUAUUCCCCCUCGUAUUUUAUUUAUUGAAACGCCGGGCUAAGGCCGGGCACCUAGCCUUUGCCCGGAAUGUAGUAGCUAAGCUAGACGUGCCCUGCUACAUGUAGCUGGCCCGCAUGGCACGGCAUAACACAGUCAUGUUCUACAAAUUUCCAUCUGCAAAACGUAGAAGCACUUUCUGUCAGUGUAACGGCAGUGCUCUCCAAGUCGUGAUCGCUGUUUUGUAUGCAUCAUGUUAUUUCGGAUGCAAAUUUUGUCUAUAUUGGCCAACAUAUUUUGCUUCAGUAAUGUCUGUGCAACCCCCUGUUGUGCAAAUUUUCACUGGGACUGCUGCUGAUGUUGCUGUUGGUGGUGGUGGUGGUGUUUGUGCAUGGAUAUGGGGGAUGUGAAUAGCGUUAGCAUGUGCAGUGUGUAUGCUCUGUGUAAGAGUCCCAGA